AUGGAUUCUAAAGAAAGACAAAUUGUUUGUGGUGCGAAGGGUGGAGAGACUGAUAAAGAUUUUGAUGAAUUUAAGCGAGACCAUCAAGAAAGAGUUUUUUCACUUCAAAUGAAGAAGAACAAGAGGGAAAAAGUGGUAGAGACUAUUAACUGGCUAAGAAAGUCGUACAUAACAGGUGUAGUGAUUGUAAUAGAUAUCAUAAUGAAUCUGAUAUUAUGUGGAUUUUCAAUUAUUGACACCUACAUGGAUAAGACAACUCAGACAAUUAAAUUAUUAAUGUUUACAGAGUUAAUAGUUAAUUGCUAUUUGUUACUUUCUUGGGUGUACGAGUUUAUUGUCAGUCUCCACAUUAAACGUUUUAUGUUGCCAAUAUCAUUUAUUACACUAAUAGUGACAUUUAUACCUUUGGUGUAUUAUUUGAUAACAGGAGAUACAAUGUUCAAGAAUUGGAAGAAUCAUUCCCACGUCUAUUCUCUAUGUUUUAUACGAAUCAUUUACGUGGAUUAUCUUGUAUCAGAGGCACUUUGUUAUUUCUGGAUUGGAGAAAACAACAGAUUGUUCAAUUUGGCCGACAAAUUGGUCAGUACAUUUGUGUCCCUCAUUUCUAUGUUGUAUUUUUCUUCUUCUGUUUUCCAUUUCCUUGAGGGAUACAAUGAAGACUCUCCAUACCACUAUUUCCACAAUUGUUUUUAUUAUUGUGUAGUAACAAUAUCAACAGUGGGAUACGGUGAUAUGACUCCUCAGACUUGGUAUGGAAGAUUAUUUUGUGCACUUUACAUUCUCUCGUUUCUUAUCUACUUUCCAUUGAAACUUGGCCAGAUCUUCACUGCACUGAAUGAAAGAGGACAAUCAAAACUGUUUUAUGCAAAUAACCACGUUAUGUAUACAGGAGAUCCCAUGUUGCUUUCAUUGUUUCCCAAGAAGGUCAAGAGCGAUUUUGUUGCACUUUUACCAAAAACGGAAGUAACGAUGAUGAGUAAAAGGAAGUAUGAGAGGUACUAUUAUUGUGGAGACGCACUCAACGAAGACGAUCUAAAACAAUCAAACACUAAAAAAGCGAAGAGAGUUAUUCUGACGACAUUUGGUGGGGAUAAAAGAACAUUUUUAAGAAUGGAAUCAAUUAAGAAACAGUGUACAGGGAAGAUAUUUUGCUUGUUAGAGAAUGACACAUUACAAGAGACCUUUGAGAGUUAUGGAGUCGAGUGCAUUUCAAAACAAGACUAUUUGAUGACAUUAGUAAAUGAAAUACUUUGUGGUGGGAUAAUGAAGAUACUUGGAAAUUUGUUUUCAGUCAAGACAAGAAAGAACGAAAUACAGAUAAUCAGAAGUCUCAAAGUGCCCAACACUUUUGUUGGGAAGAAUGUAAGUUUAUUAACCAUGGAAAUGUUGAGAGAAAUGAAUGUAGUUGUUGUUGGUAUCAAGAAGAGAGAGAAGAUACUUUACUUCGGGUCAAAUGAAAAAAUUGAAGAUGAAGACUUAUUGUUUGUGUUGAGUAGAUACAAAGAGUAUCUAACUUUGAAAACCCAAAUAAAAAGUACUCAGGAAGUAGUCAGUGAUGAGCUCGAGUUAAUUGAAACCAGUGACGCAAAGAGGAUGACUCAAGAAAACGAAAACAAACAGAGGAAAGUUAAGAAGAUGAAAGAAGUGGUGAUACAAAAAUACGAUGGAUGCAAUCACUAUGUCUUUGUUGGAUAUUUUGAGGGAUGUUCUUAUCUUAUUCAAAGAAUAAGAGAAGUUAUUGAAGAUGAUAUUGUUAUUGUAAUUGGUGACGAAAGAGAGUUGAAAAAUGAAUGGAAAGAGUUGAGUGCAAUCACCAAGUUGUAUGUUAUUGAAGGUGAUUUAAAUUUGAAAAAUUUGUAUUAUCGAGCAAAUGUAAAGAGAGCAGAGUGUGUAACGAUACUUCCAAAUACAAGGAAAGGAGACGACUGUGAUGUUGUUGUGAACGCGAAGAAAGUGAGAGGAGUGAUCAACGAAAUUGAAAUUGAGUCACUUGAGAUACAGAAAGAUGUGAGGAUGGUAUGCUAUUUAGACAACUUGGACAAUGCCAGAUAUGUAGAACAUUUUUCGAGUGUAUUUUGUAUGAAGAAUAUUGCAGAAAUGAUAUGUAACAUGAGUGAAUAUGAUCACAACGAAGAAGUGUGGAAAGACAUCAAUGGGAUCACAAAGGAAUUCCGACUUGAGAAGUAUAAAGUCCCAACGAGAAUGGUAGGAUCUAGUUUGUAUCAAGUCUUUGAGUUUUUGAUGGAUAGAGACACGAAGUGUUUGGGAAUAGUCAAAGAAAGGUAUGGGAAGAUAGAAAUGAUCACAAAGAGUAGCUACGAACUCGAAGAGAAUGAUGAAUUGUGUUGUAUUGCAAAGAAAGAGAACCAAAGACUUUUAGACAAGAGUGUUUCAUUCAGUGGGAUUGCAUUACACUCACUUGGAAAGAUGAGUCACAUCCAACACGCAAUCAAAAUUGGGCAAGAUACGACCGUCACGCCGUCCCUCCAAACAACAAAGAAUACAUCGAUGCUCAAGUGA